AUGAACCAGGAGGCAAGCAGGAAUGUGGCAGGCUGCUCCCAGUUCAUCUCCAAACCACCAAAACCCAUCCAGCCUUACAUCUGCUCCGCGGUGAACGAGUUUCAGGAGGAGAGAGACUUUCUGGCCAGCACCAUCUUUCCUCAGCUCAACGCCCUGUGUAGUUCCCGGGGCACGUAUUUCAAAGCAGUGGAUCUGAAGUGGUCGGCCCUGAAGGCCCAGAACGCCUUACCUGCCGGCCUAUGCCGAAAGCACUCCCACCUCCACGCCCAGCGCCUGAAGCUCUGCCUGGACUCUGUGAACAGCUGCUCUCCCUUUUUCAUCUGUCUGCUGGGUCAGACCUAUGGGGACAUCCUCUCUGACCGCUCCAAGGACACCCACGAGUCAAGUUCAUCCAACGCAAAACAAGCUCUCUAUGUUGCGGCCCAAAAUGGUCAUCCUUGGGUCCUGGAGCAUUGCGACUGUAGUGUGAUGGAGUUUGAGAUCAUCCAAGCAGUGUUUCUGAAUCCAUCACAAUUCCAGUAUUUUUACUUUAGGACUCAAGCCAGCCUGCCAAAGGCCUCAGGCCAGGUAAAGGUGGAGGGGCCAUCUUCGUGUUCCCUGGUGACCAAAGAGGAAGAACUGAAAGUUGGGAAGCUGAAAGCCAGCAUUAUGAGCAAAGGGCUCCCCAUCAGAUUCUUCACUGGGCUCCAGGAGCUGGGCGAGCUGGUUCUUAAAGACUGGGCACUUGUCAUAGAAAAAUUUUACCCUGCCACGUUACUGAUGGAGAAUAUAGAUUACAAGCACAGCUUUGAACGUUUCUAUCAUGAAGAGUUUAUUGAGAAGUGCCAGGAAACGGGUGUUGCUUUCAAGGAGCCAAAUAAGAACUUUGAAAUCUUGGAGAGAUUUGCCUUGAAGGAUAUGGAACUGGAUGUUAACAAUGCGGCGGCAGGUUCCAGUGUAGACCAUCUUCCCCAUUUAUUUUUCAGAGUUAAUUCCUUCCCAACUUACAAGUCUAUUUUGCUCUUGUCUGGCGAACGAGGUUGUGGGAAGUCCACUCUGAUUGCCAACUGGGUGAAUUAUUUCAGGAAGAAAUACCCGAGCAUGCUGGUGAUCCCUCAUUUUGUGGGAAGCACCUGUGAGAGCAGUGACAUCAUGACUGUGAUCUACUACUUCAUCACAGAACUGCAGCACAGAAACUAUGGUCUUCGGUUCGAAAUGGAUAUUGUUAACGAAGACUCCAAUGCCUUGGUCUUUUCACUGCUUGUAAACAUGUUCAUUGCUUCCAUCAGUUUAAAACCAUGUGUACUUGUACUAGAUGGAAUCGAAGAAUUGAUUGGCAUUUAUGGGAUUUCGGGUCGGAAGGCAAGAGAUUUUUCCUGGCUGCCACGCUCGCUUUCUCCUCAUUGCAAACUUAUCAUGAGUACGGUCUCCUCCAGCUCGUCCUACAAGGCCCUGUGUGGCCGCCCAGAUGUGCGGACCCUGGAACUCAUUAGCAGGAAAGAGAAGGGGGCGAAGCUCAAGACCUUUAGACAGCACCUCUUGGUUCCCAGCAACGACGCCUUGCAGCAGAGCAGGCCAACUGUGAAGAGCAGUGUACAUAAUAAUCCUCUAAAAGUCCUGAUCCUGGCCAGUGAACUCAAAGACCGCGGACUCCACCGACAGGAGAUGCAGUGUCCGAGGGAGUACCUGGAGGCGGCUUCUGUUCAGGAGCUCUGGGGGUUGAUUCUGAAACGCUGGAUUGAAGACUACAGUUGGACUUGUAAAGAGGCUUCAAGAGAGGGGCUGGAUGGCUGGGUGGCUGACACUCUGUGCUUGCUGUGCAUCUCUCAUGGUGGGCUGACCGAAGAUGAGCUCCUCCAGAUCUUGGACAUGCUGGGCUACAACAACCAGUACCAAGUGACUACGUUUCACUGGGCGGCCUUCCGCAACGCCACCAAGCAGUGGGUCCAGGAGAAGCCCAAUGGGCUCCUGUACUUCUGGCACCAGUCCCUGCGAGAAGCUGUGGAGCACAUGCUGCUUGGUGUGAUUACUCCUGUCCGAGAAAGCAGUCCGUAUUCAUUUCGGAACCCCACAAAUCACAAGAAGACCUAUUUUCACCAUGUCUUGGUGAGAUAUUUCCAGAGGCAGUCUUCUUUCUGGCGAGUGUAUCAAGAGCUGCCCUGGCAUAUGAAGAUGAGUGGGUGCUGCUCAGGCUUGUGCAGCUUUCUCUCCAGCCCUGGCAUCACAGACUUUAUGUCAAGGCUCCAGAGCCCGAGCUUCUGGACCAGGCUGCAGCUCCUGCACUACUGGAAGAACCUCUCGGAAGCCGGAUACGAUGCAUCUUGGGCCUACUUACUCUCCGUGACCAGGAUCAAAGCGAAUGAGUGUCACAAAGCCCAGAAGAGAUAUACGUUCUCAGCGCUGGAAUCCAGACUUUCUGAAACCACUGCCGCUGACAGGUGCCGUUUGCUAUUCUUUAUUGGGAGUCUUUUGAAGGUUAUGGGCAAGACCAAUGAAGCCAAAGAGUUGUUCAUGGAUGUGGAGAAGAUGUUAAUGGAGAGUCCGCCCACGAAUGAGAUGCUUGUUAAAGUACAGAAUGCUACUGGAGAGCUGUGUCUUGAAAUCGGCAUGACUCAGGAGGGGUGCCAGUAUUUCCAGAAAGCAUGGUCAAACCUGCUGAGUUUCUCCCUCAGUGACUUAAGAGACAGCCAGGACUUGAUGAAGCAGAAAGUCAAGGUGCUGAAUAACCUGGCCAAGGCAGCGUCGGAGGAGUACUUAAAGGAAAACCAUGUCUUGGAGUAUGCCUUGGAAGUUUCCCAGUUACUGAGUGACAAUCCCUGUGAUCAAGCUACCAUGAGAUACACGGAAGGAGUUCUCAUUUUGGUUGCUGGAAAUAUUUCUCUUGCAAGAGUGAAAAUUCAAGAGUGCUUAAAUAUCAGGAGAUGUUUGUUUGGUGAGAAAACCAUGCAAGUUGGAGAAAUUAUGGAAUUUUUAGCAGAUUUACUGUCUUUUCCACUAAACGAUAGUGAAAAGUCCAAAAGGAAGCAAGUAAUUGAAUAUUAUAAGCAUGUGAUAAAAAUAAAAGAAAAGGCAGACACCCUGGCCAACUCCUUCCUCAUCCGGAAGCAGCUGUACAUCAGCCUCAGUGACACCCUGUGUAAAUUAGCAGGUCAGUUACUGAGGUGUGACUCACGUCACCACACCCUGACAGAGGCCGAGAGUUACCUGCACAGAUCACUUGGUUUAAGGGCAACCCACCUGGGGCCUUCUCAUUCCUCAAUCCGUGGAAUCCUGUGCCUUCUGAAGGAAAUCCAGCUGCUCAAGGGUGGGAGAUGGUGGCCUCAGGGCAGGAGCCGUCCCUCUCUGGAGGGCCCCAGGAGCGACUCCUCACUGUACAAGCACUUGCUGAAGUUAAACUACUGCAGUGCUCAGAGCUCUGACACAGUGAGCUCCACGAUGUGGGCCAAUGCCAGCAAGCUGUGGAGGGCCAAAAGCAGGGACUCAGCACCUGCUGUGCCUUCCGAUAGACCAAAAUGGACAUCGAGGAAAGGGAAACAGACCUCAAGACCUGUUCUCUGCCUUUCUGCUGAUGAGAAGACCCACCGAAAGCCACAAAGCCCUACUCAGACAUGGAAUGGCCCUGGGGAGGAAGCAUCCAGGCAGACGGAAAAGCAUCCCUCCAGGAUCUCAUCCUUGCAGAAAACAAACAGCUUCUCAGAACGUUCGGGGCCAAGGAGUUUGUCCGCUAAAAGGGAGCGUGGGGACUGCCAGAUCACCACACUCUUCCGCCACCCACUGCUAGGGCCACCCAGCACCGAGAACUCUUGGGAACACCGACUUGAGCUCAUAUCUGAAAAGUGGCUUUUCCAUAGCCCAGAUUCUAGUGCCAGUCCUCAGAAGUGUUUUAUGCUGAGAAGCUCUCAAACAGAAACAAGAUUGUCGAAGAAGACCUCCGAUGAUAUUAAUAGGGAAUAAAAACUGUGAGCUCUU